AUGCAUGAGAUGGCUUUCUUCCAAGCAAAUUUCAUGUUACAAACUCCUCAUCACCAUGAAGAUCAUCAUCAUCAACCACCUUCACUCAACUCAAUUCUACCUCAAGAUUAUCAUGGAGGACCAUCAUUUCUAGGAAAGAGAUCUAUGUCAUUUUCAUCAGGAAUCGAACUCGGAGAAGAAGCCAAUAUAGCCGAGGAAGAUUUAUCAGACGACGGAUCACAAGCCGGUGAGAAGAAGAGGAGGCUCAACAUGGAGCAAGUGAAGACACUUGAGAAAAGUUUUGAGCUAGGGAACAAGCUUGAGCCUGAGAGGAAAAUGCAGCUUGCAAGAGCUCUUAACCUUCAACCUAGACAAGUUGCUAUAUGGUUUCAAAAUAGAAGAGCUAGAUGGAAGACAAAGCAAUUGGAAAAAGACUAUGAUGUCCUUAAAAGACAAUACGAUGCUGUUAAGUUAGACAAUGAUGCACUUCAAGCUCAAAAUCAAAAACUUCAAGCAGAGAUAAUGGCAUUGAAAAGUAGAGAACCAACUGAAUCAAUCAACCUAAAUAAAGAAACAGAAGGAUCAAGCAGCAAUAGAAGUGAAAACAGUUCAGAUAUCAAGUUAGAUAUCUCAAGAACACAAGCUAGUGAUAGUCCUCUAUCAACACACCAUACAACAACAACAAGCAGAAGCUUCUUCCCAUGUCCAUCUGCUAGGCCUUCAGGAGGAAUUGCUCAACUUUUUCAAACUUCUUCGAGGCCGGAACAACUUCAAUGCCAAAAGAUUGAUCAAUUGGUCAAAGAAGAAAGCUUAAGCAACAUGUUUUGUAGCAUGGAUGAUCAAACUGGAUUUUGGCCAUGGUUGGAGCAACAACAUUUCAAUUGA